UGAAAACCAAAGGUCAUAUUUUCAGUAUUUAAAGGAUCAGCACCAGCGUUAAAGCCUUAACCUCUGCCAUUAUGAUUUUCAAGGUCCUUGCUCUGCUGUUGGCAGUGUCUUCUGCCUUGGCUAGCAUUAGUCCUCGGAACCUAUGGCAGUUCCGCAACAUGAUCAAAUGCAACAUUCCAACCAGUGAUCCUUACUUUGACUACAAUGACUACGGAUGCUACUGUGGAAUAGGAGGCAGUGGGACUCCUGUGGAUGCACUAGACCGAUGCUGCCAAACCCAUGACAAAUGCUACUCCGACUCUAAAGGACACUGUAAUGGCAUCCUUGACAGCCCAUACAUUGAGCUCUAUGACUACACUUGUUCUGGAACAACUGUCACUUGCUUAUCUAGUAACAACGCCUGUGAAAAGUUUAUCUGCGAUUGUGACAGAAACGCUGCCCUUUGCUUCUCUAGAGCUGGCUAUAAUUCAGCCAACAAGAACCUGGACAAGAAUAGAUACUGCUAAGGCCACAUUCCUCAUUGUGCUGACUUUAUUCAUACUUUCAUACAGAGGACAUGUAAAGAGAGUACUCUUAUGCAGUCUAAUGAACUAUAAUAAAGUCUCCUAAAGCUG